AAAAUGUAAUGAGUAGAAGUCAGAGGUAGGAGGGAAAAUAAGUAAUGGAGAAAAGUAUAGAUACCUAAAAAGUGUACUUAAGUGCAGUAACGAAGUAUUUGUACUUCAUUACUUGACACCUCUGAAUGUAGGAACUUAAAGAGAGCUGUAUAUGAAUAAUACGGUGAUCCCUUGAUGAAAUUAGGGCAGCAUAUCUCCCAAGAUCAUCAAUCUCAAACACUGAAGUGUGAGCUUUUCAUCACUUCUUGUCACUUGACUGAUUUCAUCAGGAUCUUUACAAUGACGAGCAUCUCUGAAACAAUUGAGACAGAGGAGAGCCUCCUCACUCUUCUCCACAUUAAGAUUUACCACCCACAGCAGAGUUGUAAGGGUCUCUAUGAUUUGCUUCCCCUUGGGCUCAGGAGGAGACACUCUGCUGAUGACCCUCUCCGACUGGGCCGUGAUGCUCAGGCCUGCACCUAUUCACUGGCUGACCCCCGGGUGUCCCGCAAACAGCUGGGUCUACAUCCCUUCCGUACACCCCGGAGCCCGGAUUUGCUCUUCUCCAUCCAGAAUCUAAGCCAGAGAGGGCCACUAUCAGUAAACGGCUCACUACUGAGCUACCUGGAGACAAUGCACCUUCCAGACAAGGCUCUGAUCCGGUUUGGAGAGUAUGAGAUGCUCAUAAUUCGGGAAUCCGGAGAGGCCAAGGCUAGCUUUGAGGUGGACUUCGAGGUGCUGCCAGUGGCUCCGUCGAGAGAGACAUGUACUGAUAUGCCUGGAAAGGCACCUGUCAUGGACACAGGCUCGAUGAACCAGAACACAGCUGGGCUCAGAGAAGAAGGCCCUCAGGAGACAGAUGAGACAUUUAUAUGUUAUUCAUAAUGAAAGGACUGAAACUAACUAAACAUCAAGGCAAGGUAUCUUAUUUUAUUCUUUAUUUUCAACUGGAUACAGCAUGAUAAAGCCAAAAAAUCUUUCACAUUUACAUAUAAUGUAUACUGGGAUGUUUUAAACUUAUGGACUUCAUAACUUCAUGUGAAAUACAUUUGUAUAUUGUAACUAUUAUGAAUCUCCCACUGUUACCAUACUGCAAGAAGGUCCUGGAUUGAAAUCCUGACUCCAUGUUGAGUUAGAUUAAGUGUGUUUUGUUUUUUUCUUAAUAGAAGAAUCCUGUCUCUUGGUUAAUUUUAAUACAAUCUUUGUAGUUACUUUUAUAAAAAAAAUUUUUAAAAAGUUACUUCUGGGAGGUGCUGUUUGUAAUGUGUCCUUCAUAGUUUACAGUAAGUUUCAAAUUCUAAAUAGGUAAAUAUUAAAUAAACAUAUUCUAAGGUUAUCAACAGGAAUGGCACUUGGAUACAACUUAAGUCCAAAGGUACAGAAAUUUGCUGGAUACACCUUGAGUCCAAAUGUGUAUUUUUCCUAGGAAUCUAGGAAAAAAACGGUUUUAUCCAAGAGAAGAAGAAACAAUAAAACCUUUCAGACUGGAUCAACUAUAAUUUGCACUGGUUAGGCUGAACAAUGAAGAGCAGGCUGGUGUCAGACAGGGUCCUGAUUCAUCCACUGCUUUUUUCAAAUGGAAAAAAUUACCUGCGAUGGACUGGCGACCUGUCCAGGGUGUACCCCGCCUCUCGCCUGUAGACAGCUGGAGAUAGGCACCAGCACCCCUCGCAACCAUACAUGGGAUAAUA